CUGUAGCGCCAAUGACGUGCAGUGUCGGUGAUCAACAGUAACAUUAAAACAGAAUGAGCUGAUUUUGUUUAACAAUUUAAGUGCAAAUUGUGUAUUGUUAAUUUAGUUAUAAGAAAUAGAUUUUAUAGUGUUAUAAGUAAUUGGUAUGUCAGAUGAACCAUUCGAAGAUGGCAAUACACAAACAAGUACAGCAGAAUCAUCUGCACCUCUACUGGACGAAGAAGAAACACUACAGGACAUGCCAUCACCUGUUGACAAUGAGGAUCCUAGUUCUGUUUACAUAAAUCAUUUGUAUGAUGAGAAAUUUACACCUAGUUAUGGAGAGGAGGAAAUAGUCCAUGAAUUGAAACAUUUUGAUAAUUAUGAGUUUAAAUGUAAUGGGAACAUUAAGAAGCAUCCAGAUAUAGCAGCAAUCUCAGAAAUAAAUUUAUACCAGGAUGACAAUUUAGAUGAGCAAAUGGAUACCAACAAGGAUUUUGCAGGAGUUCAAAGACCAGCCUUGAAAAUAUUUAUUCAAGAAAGUUUUACAAAUCCUGCAAACAAUUCAAAUGUACAUUGCAAUUGUGUGAAACAUAUUAAAUGUCCAAAACCUACAAUAUUCUUCUCUGAUGGUAUCAGAUCUGUUGACUUUAUGUUGGUCUGGGAUGAACUGGAGGAACAAGCCAUAAGUGCCAACGCCUAUAUCAGAAGAAGAGUAUUUGAAGAUAAUCUCAUUAAGGAAGGUUUGCAAUUGGAAUAUGAGGAAGCAGAAAAGAAUGGACUUAAUUUCAUUAAAGUGCAUGCUCCAAAUGAAGUAUUAAGAAGGUAUAGUGAGAUUCUUAAACUGCGUAUGCCAAUGAAAGAGGAACUUUGUGUUAUACCAAGGGAAUUUAGGGAAAGACGAUUAUAUAAUGCCGCAAAUUAUUUACGGCAAAAGAUACCAGGACUUCAAGAAGUUCACCAUCACACGAAUUUUAUUAUUGACGGAUUCAAUUCACAAUUUCAAAAGUUGAAGUCAUAUAUUUUAGUUGAUAGAGAACAUUUUCCUGAGAAAGGACAUCGUUUUACGGCAAUUUACAGCCGCGACCGAGAGUACUUAUUUGAUGUUGAAUCUCCCUGUUUUUUUACUCCAGCCAUACAUUCGAGAAUUGUCCAAUUUAUAUUGGAUCGGAAAAUGUUUAGUGAGAGAACAGACGAUGACUUUUCUUUUGGUAUAGAGAGACUAUUGAAUGAAAAGACUUAUACGGCUGUUUAUCCCUUACAUGACGGCGAUUUGAGACAACCAGGCUCAAUGAGGUACUUAUUAUAUAAUGAAUGGGCAGCUAUACGCAGAUGGUAUCGUUAUCAACCAUUGGAUUACGUUAGAGAUUAUUUUGGGGUUAAAAUUGCCCUUUACUUUGCUUGGUUGGGAUUUUACACGCACAUGUUAUUAUCUGCUUCAAUUGUUGGCUUAGCUUGUUUUAUAUACUCCUGGAUUACUCUGUAUGACAACAAACCAAGUGAAGACAUAUGCAACUCACAAAUAAGUAUGUGUCCACUCUGUGAUAAUUGGUGUUCGUAUUGGAAUCUCAGCGAGACGUGUGUUCAUGCUAGAAUUACGUACUUAUUCGAUAAUCCCACUACUGUGUUUUUUGCUAUUUUUAUGUCUUUCUGGGCUACACUGUUUUUGGAAAUGUGGAAGAGAUAUUCUGCCGAAAUUACACAUAGAUGGGAUCUUACUGGGUUCGAUGUGCAAGAGGAACAUCCAAGACCUCAGUACUUGGCUCGUCUAUCGCACAUUAAAAAGAAGCAAGUGAAUAUUGUUACAAACACGAUGGAACCUCAAGUACCAUUUUGGAGAAUGAAAUUUCC